AUUUAAUGGAGUUAAGGCGAUGUCAGAUAAAACUUUGUAGCUUCGCUUGACAUUUCGAACUUUGUCAGCAAAGCGAAGAGCGCGAAAGAUAUGUCACAAUAGACGCUUUGACAACACUUGCGUAUUGUUUGUUUAAUUGUUGAAAUUGUGGUAUCAAUUUAGUUUUGUGAAAUAAAAUACAUAAAAAAUGUUUUUUGAUGAAAUUUUGGAUCUUUUAUUAAUAGUGCUGUUGAUGCAUGAAGCCUUAGAGUGCCUAAAAAGAAGUUCAAGACGACGGUUUUGGGUGAGGAGGCUUUACCAAGACCGUGACACUACGGGCCUCUUUGCUUCCAGCUUCGAAGAAAUGUAUGAAAACGAUCCGGAGCAAUUUAAAAACAGUGUCCGCUUGACUCCCAAUGUUUUCGAUUUAUUGCAUGAACUUUUAAAGGAACGGCUUACUAAAAUAUCAAACAGGCCACCGAUUUUAUCAAAAUGCCGUCUUUUCUUAACGCUUACGUGAGUUAUGAUGGUUUACACCAAUUUCAUAAAAUAUCUACAUACCUAGAGCACAUCCAAAUUUUAAUAAAUCGUUUACAUAUACAGUUAUCUAGCACAUGGAGACAGCAAGCAAACCCUUGCUACAGCUUUUAAAAUGGGGCGCUCCACUGUAGUAACCAUUAUCAGCGAGGUCUGUGAAGCAAUUUGGCAGGAGCUGGGUGGUAUUUACCUGUCGGUUCCACAGAAACAUGAGUGGAAACGCAUUGCUUCGGAUUUUAACACCAUGUGGACCUUUCCGAAUUGCAUCGGGGCGGUUGAUGGAAAGCACAUAACGAUAUCAUGCCCCCCCAAUUCCGGAUCAUUAUUUUAUAAUUAUAAAGGAAGCUACUCUAUUGUUCUUCUGGCUACUUGCGACGCCAACUAUACAUUCACAACUGUUGACAUCGGGGCAUAUGGUUCCCAAAGUGACGGCGGAGUACUAUGGCACUCUGGCUUUGGGCAACGGCUUCUAAGUGGCAACCUAGAUUUACCAGAGGAUGAUUUUCUCCCUGGGACUUGUAUCAAAUUCCCGUACUUUGUGGUAGGAGACGCAGCAUUCCCUCUUAAAAAUUGCAUACUGCGGCCAUACCCGGGAUCCCAUUUGCCACCUGAUCGCGAAAUCUUUAAUAAGCGGCUUUCACGAGCGCGAAGAGUCAUAGAAAACGCGUUUGGCAUUUUGUGUGCUCGCUGGAGAGUUUUGAUUUCUCCCUUGUUUAUGCAUCCUAAAACUGCAGAAAAAGUCGUGAAAGCAACAGUGAUACUGCACAACUUCGUGAAAUUCUACGACGGAAGUUUUUGUCCACCGGAUUUUGUAGAUCAAUAUAAUGGUGAAGAAAUUAUUAACGGGCUCUGGCGGAAGGAAGUUUCCAUGCCGUUGCGAAACCACGGUCGCAUGACUUGCAAUAACGCAACACGAAGUGCUUUUGCUUUAAGGGACCAGUUGAAAGACUAUAUUAUGUCGCAUCCAAUUUAAUUUUUUUAUAAACAUAUACAGGGUGUCCCGCAACUACGUACUUUUUUAAAUAGGAAGCCAAACAUAAGUUUAUCUUCCACCACGUCAAGUUAUUUAAGUUUGAAAUUAUCCAACAUUAUCAUUACACUGUCGAAUUUGCUAGUAUAUAAACUUACGUUUCUAAAUUUCGCAAUUCGGUGGCAGAAUGUAUUUAAUGUAUAGACCUUUUAAUAGUUUGACUUCUUUUACCAGCACUCCACCAAUUUAACAUCGGUGCGGAUGGCAUCCGUCGGAUACCGGAAUAGGCAUGAAUAUUUUCAAAUAAUGUAAAAUAAGUAUAAUACAAAUACUUAAUUUAUGAUUUUUCUCAUUUUGUCUUCUGUUCAUUCGUUUUAUUUAAUGCUUUAAUAUGCAUAUACAAUGUAUACAUAUAUAAUUCAUAAACUUAUGUACAUAUGUAGGUAUAUCUGCAGCCCGCGGCAAACGAGUGUUAACUAUUUAGCGUAUGUUUGUUUAAUGUUCAUUAUUUUUCUAAAGGACAUUGUCUAAAAAAAACACACGAAUCGAAAUUUCCAACUUUAUACAAAAAUGAAAAAAGCCACAAUUUUUUCAUUACAAAGGGCCGUAUGAAUAAAAA